AUGGGAAUCGAAAAUGGCGUCCUUACUUUUGACUGGUAUAGUCAAACUUCAUUCAAGAUGAAAGCAGCAGUGGUUUGGACAAUUAGUGAUUUUCCAGAAUACGGGAUGUUGUCAUCUCAAACCACUAAAGGUUACAAGGCUUGUCCAAUCUGCUUAGGAGACCUAAAUGCUAGUUGGCACGCUGGAAAGGUGUGUUACUUGGGGAGUUGUACAGGGCUUCCGGAAGAUCAUCCAUGGCGAUUUGAUGCGGCUUCAUUCGAUGGGAAGCAAGAGUUUGGUUUAAAACCCCAAGAGCGGUCUGGUGAGUGGAUUUUGGACAUGUUGAACUCUUUUGAUUUCGGACGUCUUAGCAGUGAUCCUGACGUGUUAGCUCGAAAUCCAAAACGUCCUUCUAGAUUGGAGAACUGGACGCACAAGAGUAUAUUUUUUGAAUUGCCUUACUGGAAGAAAUUAAGAAUAAGGCACUGCCUUGAUGUCAUGCAUAUAGAGAAGAAUGUUUGUGACAGCAUUGUGGGAACAGUUUUCGAGUUUAAAGAUAAGACUAAGGACAUUGUGAAGGCGCACAAAGAUCUUCAACUCAUGAACAUACGCCCUCACUUGUGGCUAACAACGUCGGGGUCAAUGCCUCUUGCACAUUACAGGAUUAAUCCGGCUAAUGAGAAGAAAGUUUUCAAAUGGUUUGAAGCUAUUAGGUAUCCUCAUAGUUAUGCAGGAAAUAUAUCUCGAUGUGUAAAAGUGGGGGAGAAUAAGCUAUUUGGAUUAAAGACUCAUGACUGUCAUAUCAUGCCACAACAUCUUUUUCUAGUGGUAAUUCGAUCAUAUUUGCGUCCUGAUGUGGUAGAGCCGUUAAUAGCGGUGUUUAGAUUCUUUCAGAAGUUAUGUGCUAGAGAGCUAAAGAAGUUAGAUGUCCUUGGAUUAAAAGAGGACAUUGUCUACAUCAUGUGCAAGUUGGAGCGGAUUUUCCUUCCUGCUUUUUUCGACAUCAUGAUUCACCUCAUGAUUCACCUACCAGAACAAGCGCUGCUUACUGGUCCAGUACAUUAUACCUGGAUGUUCCCACAAGAAAGUAACACAACCGAGGCGGAGUCAUCCACAAACGUCUUCAAUCUUUCAGUUGUUUCAGAAGUUGUACGUUUAUUUGGUAACUUACCAAAUUCGUACAAGUUAACAAAAACUGAGCUCCGUGAAGCUCAUUGGUGCGUGCUGGACCACUGCUCUGAGGUUGACUACUACGAAAAGAAACAUUUGGAAAAAAUCAUAGCAAGACAACCAUAUAGAGCUGAUGAGAUGCACAAGAGAACUUUUCCUGAUUACUUUCUUAAUUGGAUGGAAGAACUCCUACGAGAGAACAACACUGAUUACUCACAAGAGUUGCACAACUUGGCAUUUGUGUUGUUCAAGUGUAAAUGGUUCAACACUGACCCAAGUUUACCAAGGAGUACGAAGAUGGAUCAUGGAUUUUUAUCAGUGAAUACAUCCAUAAGCUGGUAUGAGAGUGAGCCGUUUAUUCUUGCCACCAUGGCAAAACAAGUGUUUUAUCUUGAUGAUCCGAAAGAGGGUGGGGAUUGGAAAGUGGUAAAUGUGAUGUCUCACCGAAACAUAUGGAGUGCAUCUACGCUUGAAGGGGAUGCAGAAGGAGCAUGUGAUGAAGAAGAGGCGCCAGAACCAUAUCAAGAAGAGUUAAGCAUCCCACAUGUUGACAAUGAGGAGGAUGAAGAUGAGAACGAAGAGGAAGAGUCGCAUUAUGAGGAGGAUGAAGAGGAAGAGCCGCAUUAUGAGGAGGAUGAAGAGGAAGACGAAGAGGACGAUGAUACGGAGGAUGAGGAUUAUGAUGUCAAUGAUAUCUGA